CGUGUCCUGGGGACUCGGCGUGCGGGAUGGAAUGGACCCGGGAAGCUUCUGGGGGAGGCCAGGCCGCGGCCGGGUCCCCAGAGGAGCCCUUAGAAAGCCCGGAAACGGAGCAACUGCGGAUUCCCGUGGAGGCACCGCAACCCCGGGUUCCCGACGGUAUCCCGAGGCCGGAGCGGACUGGGCGGGAGGCGGCGGACGCCGACCUCCGGGAGCUCUCGGAGGAGAAGCCGCAGCCUCCGGCUCGGUCUGGUCCCCCGCGCUUGCCGCCGCUCAGCCUGGGCUAUGGCGCUUUCCGCCGCCUGGGCUCAUGCAGCCGCGAGCCGCCGUCGCCGAGCCCCAAGUGGGCCGAGCAGCCCCGGGACAGCAAGGCCGAGCUGCAGCCCUGGACGGCGUCAGAAGAGCCCGGGUCCUUUGCGCCCAUGGAGCUGCAGGUAGACGUGCGCGUUAAACCCGUGGGCGCGGCGGGAAGCAGCCGCUCGCCCUCGCCCGCGCCGUCCACGCGCUUCCUCACCGUGCCGGUGCCAGAAUCGCCCGCCUUCCCCCGCCGCUCCGCGUCCACGCUCCCGCGGCUGCCACGAGUCCCGUCAUCGGGCUCCACGUGGGGUCGUGCAUCGCCACUGGCUGCCACCCCGACCGAGUGGAUCGGCCCCGCCGAGGGCAGCGCUGUCCCCCCGGGCUCACCCACCUGUCGCUGCCGCUGUCAGGAGCCCGGACUGAGCAAAGAAGAUGCCGAGCUGCUGCAGCGCGCAGGAAUGGACAGCAAGAAACUGCCACGGGCCAUCACGCUCAUAGGGCUGCCCCUGUACAUGAAGUCCCUGCGCUGGGCUCUGGUGGUCAUGGCUGUGUUCCUGGCUUUCUGCACUGUAACCAUUGUGGCACUGGCCUCGAGAGGUGGAACCAGGUGCCAGCCAUGCCCUCAAGACUGGCUGUGGUCUCAGGAACACUGUUACUACCUCUCGGAAGAAGCCCAAGACUGGGAGGGCAGCCAAGCAUUUUGCUCGGCCCACCAUGCCACGCUGCCCCUGCUGGGCCACACCCAGGACUUCCUAAGAAAAUACCAGAUUACCAAAGACUCCUGGGUGGGGGCCCAACGAGGCCCUGAAGGCUGGCACUGGAUUGAUGGGGUCCCCUUGCCAUCCCAACUGUCCCCAGAGGACAACGACGACCACCCAGACUUCAGCUGCGGGGGUUUGGAAGAAGGUAGGCUCGUAGCUCUGAACUGCAGCUCUCCGAGACCCUGGGUCUGUGCCAGGGAGACCAAGUAACUUGGUGUCCUGUGGUAGAGCUGUCUGGAGCCGUAUCCAUUGCUUUUCCUUUGGUGUGACCAGAACAUCUGACAGAAAUUACUUCAAGGAGGCAAGAGUUACCGGGCUCGUGAUGUCAGAGGGCUGCACCUGGCGGAGCUGCCCAGUCCACAGAAGCUGGAGCCAGGGGUGGGAACAGGUUUCAAAGGCCUGUAUCACUGCUGACAUACCUCCACAGUCCAGGUUCUACCUCCGAAAGUUCCCCCAGCCCCCAAACCCAGCACUACCAGCUGGAAACAAACUGGUAACAGGCAUUUCAGAUUCAAAGUGGGGCAUUCCUGUCACAAGUCCCCUGAAGACGCAUGGCAAGAUCUCUCUGUGUAACCCUGGUUGGUCUGGAUCUUAUUGUGUGGUCCACAGUGGCCUCAAGUUCUUGGGCAACUCUCCCCAAGUACAGAGAUUGUAU